AUUCGCAGUUCUCCUGAAUGCAGCACAGUGAGGCGGAGCUGAAGUUCUUACACCGUGCUGCAUUCACGUGCACCUCACGGAGCUCGGGGUCGCCUCUAUCUCUGCAGCCAAAACUGGGUGUCACUCUCCUCAUUGUUGUGAGGGUGUUGUAUUUACAGCAGGUUACCGGUGUCCAGGCUGCGAUGGACCGCUGGAGGGGCAGAGUGGCCCUAGUGACCGGAGCCUCGGUCGGCAUCGGGGCGGCCAUAGCUAAGGAGCUGGUCCGGUACGGUAUGAAGGUGGUGGGCUGUGCCAGGGACGUCGAAAAAAUACAGAAACUGGCAGCUGAGUGUCAAAGUGCAGGCCACAGUGGUGUUUUGGUGCCUUUCAAGUGUGACUUGAACAACGAGGAGGAGAUUCUGUCCAUGUUCGCUGCCAUCAAAGUGCAGCACAAAGGGGUGGACGUGUGCAUCAACAAUGCUGGCUUGGCUCAUCCAGAGUCCCUGUUAAAUGGCCAAACCAGCAGCUGGAAGAACAUGCUGGAUGUGAACGUUCUUGCAUUGUGUAUAUGCACCCGAGAAGCGUAUCAAUCGAUGAAAGAAAGAAAUGUUGACGAUGGGCACAUCAUAAACCUAAACAGCAUGAGCGGACACCGUGUCGUUCCCAAUGCUGAUGUACAUUUCUACAGCUCCACCAAGUACGCUGUAACGGCCCUGACUGAAGGCCUGAGACAGGAGCUGCGCGAGGCGAACACCCACAUCAGAGCCACAUGUAUUUCUCCGGGUGUAGUAGAGACAGAAUUUGCUCCACGGCUCUAUAGCCAAAAUGCGGAUAAAGCAGCUGCUUCAUACACAAAAUUCAAGCCUUUGGAAGCAAUAGAUGUUGCUAAUUCUGUAACAUACGUCCUAAGUGCUCCUCCCCAUGUGCAGAUUGGAGACAUUCAGAUGCGACCUGUGGAGCAGGUGUCGUAGGAUGACAUGUGACGGCUGAUUCAAUGUGCAUUCUCCAUCUGCCUGGUUUAUAAUUACUUUAUCUCAUCGUGGAAUAACUUUGUUUUUGUUUGUACUAUUAUAUUGUACUUGCAGAAUAAAAAUGAUUUGAAGAUGAAA